AUGUUCAAAUCCUUACUCAGAUCAUCUUCAAUUCCUCUCCGUACGUUGGCUGGACCAUCCACCAGUGCUGCUACCGUAUCACCAUUUUUACGUACAUUUUCAACAGCAACCCCACAAUACUACAAGGCAGACAAAGAUUCUCAUGCUUACAAGUACUUGCACGAAAAGACACCCGUUGAGACCAAGUUCACUGAAGAGCACGAGUAUGUCAAGUUGUACGACGACGAUUCAGCCUUGAUUGGUAUCACCCAAUAUGCAGCACAAGCAUUGGGUGAUGUUACAUUUGUUGAGUUGCCGGAAUUGGGAACUAGGGUCGAAAUUGGCGAAACUUUGGGUUCAGUAGAGAGUGUUAAAUCAGCCAGUGAAAUCUAUAGUCCAGUCAGUGGCGAAGUUGUUGGUGUUAAUGAACAUUUGGAAAGCGAACCGGGUGUGUUGAACCAUGACCCAACUGUUGAAGGGUGGAUCGCUCAUAUCAAGUUGGACGAUCCCAAACAAGUCACCGAGAGUGAAACUUUGUUGAGCACUGAAGACUACGCCAAGUCUUUAGAAGAAGAUUAA